GAAUUGGACUGCAACGAUGGCGACAGGCAAAACAUCCUCAUCAACCCCUAAAAAUUACGAGUACGAUUGUACCCGUAAAUGUCGUUGGGUUCAGCAUGGAAACUGCAUUACUGCAGCAUUAACAAAACGUUCAAUUGGAGAUGAACAGCUUGGGGCUUUCAUAGCAAAGACCUGCGCCAACUACACCGAUAUUGUGGAUGAUCUGGGUCGAUCAGCCGUGCAUUUGGCUGCCUCAGUGAAUCGUUAUGCUAUAUUGGAAUGGCUUCUUAACCAGGGGGCGAUUAUAAAUGGUCGUGAUUACGAGUCUGGCUCUAGUGCACUUCAUCGUGCCAUCUAUUAUGGCUGCAUAGAUUGCGCGGUUUUGCUCUUACGGUAUGGUGCUAGUACGGAGUUACUGGAUGAGGACACACGUUGUGCUCUGCAGAAUAUCUGUCGAGCGCGUGAUUUUUCCGUUUUUGCAAAUGUGCCCAGUAGCAAUGAAAUCUUGGGUUGGGGUACGAAUAAAAACUACAACUUAGGAACUGGUAAUGCUGAACCCACCGAUACACCACAAUCGAUAGACUUUUUUCGAAAAGAACACAUAUCAAUUGAAUCUGUAGCGCUAGGGGCCUACCACAGUCUCUUUUUGGAUAAAAAGGGAUUGCUCUAUGCGGUAGGGCAUGGCGAAGGCGGGCGUUUAGGAAUUGGUGGCGAACACAGUUUAGCUACACCAAAAAAAGUUAAGGUCCCUAUAAAAAACGCCGGAGAAAAAUUAAUAUGCAUAAGCGCGGCACGUAAACACUCACUAUUGCUAACUAAUCGUUCCGCAGUUUAUGCAUGCGGCUUAAAUGAAGAUAAACAAUUAGGUGUUCGUGAUGCUGGUGAAAAAUUGCCUGUGUUCCGUGAAGUAAUAACAUUGCGAGAUCUAAAUGUCGCAGGUCUCAUGCGCGUAAUUGCGAGAGACUAUCACUCAAUUGCAUACUCUGAACAAUGUAUUUACAUGUGGGGUACAAAUCACGGUCAAAUGGGUAUAGAUGGUAGUGAAAAAACGGUUCCGCUACCAAAACAAUUAAAAUUGCCGCCAAGAACAACUAUCGAUUUCGUCGAAGGAAAUAAUUCGGCCACUGUCGUUUAUACGAAAGAUAUCAACAUCUUAUUGUACUUCAAUGGCAAAAUGCGCUCAAUUAAACCACCAAAUUUUGAAGCAGUGAAAAGCAUUUCAGUUGUUGGUGGUGACACAUCUAAGUCUGGCAAGGGGACUGCUACCGCUUUAAAAUUGCUCAUGUUAACUCAAACCAAUGUAAUUUUUCUUUGGUAUGAAAUGACCCAACAAUUUUACAGGUGUAGUUUUUCGCAUAUUCGCAUUUCACAAAUAGAUAGAAUAUUUUAUAAGUCCAAUCAAGUCUUCAUACUGUCGCAAGGAGAUGUAUUUAAAGGCAAAUGUCAGCAAGUGCCAGUUCCGACUUAUAUCACAAAGAGCGAAAAUCAAAAACAUCCUUCAUCCACGGCCAACAUUUGGAGUAGUUGUGAUCAGAAUAGAACAGAAAUUUCCAAAGAUCACAUGAUUCGCAUAGAACUGCAAAGAUUUUCUAGCAUAGAUAGAGCCGUAGACAUAUUCUGUGAUGACGAUUUUACCUCAUUCGUUGUACUACAGGAAUCAUCUGUAAAAUAUUUUAAACUGCCAAAUUUGACACCAGAGGAAUAUAGUUUUAAAAAACUCUACAAUGAAAUGGAUGAAUUUGAUGCUGUACAUGACGUAGUGUUUCAUGUUGACAGUGAGACCUACGCGGCGCACAAGUUCCUUAUAUAUGCGCGAGCACCUGGCUUACGAGACAUUAUAAAGUCAUAUGAAGACGAACAUAUCUACUUAAAUCUCAAACGUAUGACUGGAAAGAUGUUCGAAUUAAUGCUAAAACAUAUAUACACUAAUCAAUUUCCAAAUGAAGAUGAUUUGGACAACAUUCAGCAUAGCUUAGGCCCUGAUUGCCCAGCCGAACGUGGCGAUGUGGGCCGGCUCUUCCUAGAAUUCGUAGAAAAGUUUAAAAUACAAAAUUUGGCCAGUUUUUUGCAAAGCUUUUUAAAGCAGUCUUCAUUUUAUUUGCCCCAAAUUGCUGAUAAAUCAAAGUUUCGUUUUAAUCGUUUAUAUCAUGGCGACUUUCCGGAGCUUUACGAUGUGCGCAUCAUUUCCGAAGGUGAUGCCAUUAUACCAGCACAUAAAUGUAUCCUAGUAGCGCGUCUGGAAUACUUCAGUAUGAUGUUCACCCACACCUGGGCCGAACAGAGCACCAUCAAUUUAAGCACAAUACCGCCAGAGUAUAUGCGCCCUAUUGUGGAGUUUUUAUACAGCGCUGAUGUAGAACAUUUCCGCAAACAAAAUUACUCAGAAACCUUUCUGUAUAACAUGAUUGUUUACUGCGAUCAAUUCUUUAUAGAACGUUUGCGUAAAGUUUGUGAAAUUUUAAUACUGGACAAAAUAACUAUACGCAAAUGUGGAGAAAUGUUGGUCUUUGCACACAUGUACAAUUGUGAUGUUUUGAAAAAAGGUUGCUUACAAUUUAUUUGCUUGAAUUUAGCACGCAUUUUAAACUAUAAAAGUUUGGAUAUGUGUGAACCAGACGCGUUGAAGUGUAUAAACGAGGAAUAUAGGAAAAUGUUUAAAGACGUCUUCGAUUAUCGUAUGAUAACCCGCGAUUCAGAUGCUGUGGAUGAUGAGUUGCUAUUAAGCUUUGUGGAUGAUUUUCGGGUGGAUCUAAGCUAUCGAAUGGAUGAAGACGAAGAAGCGCUAUUGAAGGCAGCAGCGAAAUUAAAGUUAAAAGAAAACAGAAAUAACAUGAAUGCCAAGCGGCAAUAUGAGCGAGAAGCGAUAUCCUCUAUGCUGGAGUCAAUAAAUAUAAAUGAAAGAAAUUCAAAAAUUGCUCAGGACGGGCAAUCGAAAGUAACGAAGGAAGCUGCAGAGGCUGCGGAAAAACUGCAAGCAGAAGCACGUACUUGGAUGAAAGUUGCCGAUAAAAAAGAACAAAAGAAACGACUAGCUCUCGAUAGUUCGUUUAAAAUAAACGAAGUUUUGAAUGGCGAAGAUAAACCAAAGGUUGAACUUAUGCCCUUAACUAAAAAAAAUGCUGAUAACAAUACGCCAAUGACGCCGGUUACAAAGUCUACCAAAACCCCUGAAAAAUUAUCACCCUCGGACGAUAGUACAAGGGGAUCUGCUAAAGGUUACAGUUUGAAUUUAGCUGACUUUACACCUCCUUCGCGAGAGAAACUCUCGCAAAAACAGCGAAAGCGUCUCUCUUCGGAAUCAACAUGGCGUGCCCCAGCAACAACAGACAGCAAAACUGUUACUGUGCCAACACCACAGCCGAAUGCCUGGGGAGUUUUGCCACAAGCUUCGCCGAAUGCUUCGUAUUCGGUGUCUCCACCCACUGGGAGUAGUGAAGAUCCGAGUUCGUUUGCAAAUAUGAUGCGAAGUGGCGUUAAUAGUGGUAGUAGUAGCAACGCUACGAAUAACACAGACAAUAGUUUUUCACGAAUUUUGGCCGACGAACGCAAGCAGCGCGACUAUUAUGAGCGAAUGCGUAGUAAGUCGUUGGCAUUGACACAAAUAGAGGAAUUGGCAAUAGCUGAGUUACGUGAGUUUUACAAUGUUGACAAUGUGACUGAUGAGGAAAUAACCAUCGAAAGAAAGAUAUUGCCUACGACAAUGAAUUUCGCUGUUUGGCAACGGCAUUGAAAUGAUGGUAGAAUGUGUUUAUGAAUGGGUCACUGCAGGCAGAUGUAUGUAAAAAGUA